AUGCUUGCAGAUGCCGAGUCUGAUAAUCUAGCGAUCAAAUGGGGUAUCAAAGCUUCUAAGAGAAAAGGAGCGAAGAGAGAUGUUUGUCUCGAAAGACAGAUGGAACAUGAUGCAAAUGCAGUUAGAAAGAGAGAUGGAGCAGCUGUUAAAACAGAGAAAGUGAAUGCGCUAAAGAAAAGGUAUAAAGAUGACAUGUCGGCAACAUUUGAGGCUAAGGAUUUUAGCACCACCAAAGAUAGCGGUGGUGAUAGGUUUGAUCGGAUUGGAGAUUUGAGGAAGAAGGGACCUUGUGCUAAUGAUUAUGAUAUGUGCUUCAAGAAUGCAAAGAGAUGGGAUGAUGAAGCUGUUGAGUUUGACAAGAAGGCUGAGAAAUGGGAGAAAAAAGCAGCAAAAAGAGAAGGAAGCAAGAGAGAGAGUAUUGUUUACGCAAAAAGAGGGAGCAUGAAGCCAGAGCUAUGA